AUGAGCAUAAAACUUCCUUAUACUGAUACCUUGCUGUAUACGGAGUCUCUUGGCUCAGUCCUGGGAUACUUCAAAGACACAACAGAUGAGAUCAGCAUACAGUAUUCUUCAGCCUGGAUGCAGGUGCUGGAGUGGAAUGGCAUCCCCUUGACUGGGAAAACUUAUGAAGAAGUCCAGAACAUUAUCAUUCAACAGAGUGGGGAAGCAGAAAUAUGUGUAAGACUGGACCUGAACAUGCUCUCGGACUCUGAGAACCCCCAGCACCUGGAGCUGCAUGAGCCAGUAAAGGCAGUAGAUAAAGCAAAGUCCCCGGGAGUUGAUCCCAAGCAGCUGGCUGCAGAGCUCCAGAAGGUUUCUCUGCAGCAGUCGCCUCUGGUUGCUUCCUCGGGCGUGGAAAAAGGAUCUCAUGGUCACUCUGGAACCGCUUCUGCCACCUCCAGCGCCGUUCCCAGCCCUGGUCAGCCUGGCUCACCCUCAGUGAGCAAAAAGCGGCACAGCAGCAAGCCCACGGAAACUACAAAGUCUGCUUCCCAUCCAAUCAUGGGAGAAAUUCAGCUUCAAAUCAACUAUGACAAACACCUUGGCAACCUUAUCAUCCACAUUCUUCAGGCAAGAAACCUUGCUCCCAGAGACAACAAUGGCUAUUCAGACCCCUUUGUUAAAGUUUAUCUUCUUCCAGGGAGAGGACAAGUAAUGGUCGUCCAAAAUGCAAGUGCUGAGUACAAGCGGAGAACUAAGUACAUACAGAAAAGCUUGAAUCCCGAGUGGAAUCAAACGGUCAUUUACAAAAAUAUCUCCAUGGAGCAGCUGAAAAAGAAAACGCUGGAAGUGACUGUCUGGGAUUAUGAUAGAUUCUCCUCUAAUGACUUCCUUGGUGAAGUAUUGAUCGAGUUAUCCAGCGUGUCUCAGCUUGACAACACUCCUAGGUGGUACCCUCUGAAAGAACAGAGUGAAAACAUUGAUCACGGGAAAUCUCAUUCUGGACAGAGUAGCCAGCAAUCUCCAAAACCAUCUGUCAUCAAAAGCAGAAGUCAUGGAAUCUUCCCGGACCCCUCCAAGGACAUGCAGGUGCCCACCAUUGAGAAAUCCCAUAGCAGUCCAGGGAGCUCCAAGUCUUCCUCUGAAGGACAUCUACGCUCCCAUGGUCCAUCUCGCAGCCAAAGCAAAACCAGCGUCACUCAAACUCACCUUGAAGACGCUGGGGCAGCAAUCGCCGCUGCUGAAGCAGCUGUCCAACAGCUUCGCCUUCAACCAAGUAAAAGACGCAAAUAAAUUCCUCAGCAUGGCAGCUUAAUGUUCAUCUGUUGCCUUUUUCCCUGCUGCCCUUCCCUUUUCGGCUGUUUUUUUCUGUUCUUGGCACACCGUGCUCACUCUGUUCAAUGUCUCUCUUUGUGUGCCUGUGUGUGAAUACAUAUAAUUACAAUAUACUCUUGUAUUU